GCAGCAGCAGCAGCGGCAGCGGUGGCGGAGCUAUGCCACCCCAGCUUAAGCUUAGCCCAGGAAGCGGAGAUUUGAUAAUGUGGGACUCUCGACUUUGGUACCCGAAGUGGAAAUCAUUACAGGAUCCUUCCGUUCGGAAUCAGCUAGCUUGCCUUCUCUGAAGGUGAAACUGCACUCUGCCCCAGGAAACCCUGCCAAGUGGCUUUGGAGUGGAGAGGUGCCCCAAUCUUGCCGACCUCCCCUGGCAUCCGGGUCCUCCUCCGCUCCCGACAUCCCAUCUAAGCUCCCCAGCACCGCCGACCAUGGAGGGAAAUGAAAACAGGAACCAGGACCAGGCCGGCCAGAUUUUCGAAAACUUUGUCCAGGCCAGCACGUGUAAAGGCACCCUGCAGGCCUUCAACCUCCUCACCAGGCAGCUCAGCCUCGACCCGCAGGACCACAAGAACUUCUACUCCAGGCUCAAAUCCAAGGUGACCACGUGGAAGGCCAAAGCUCUGUGGAACAAGCUGGACAAGAGAGCUACGCUCCGAGAGUUCAGGCGGAGCAAGGCCAGCGUGAGCAGCAAGUGUUUGAUCGUCGGCGGGGGUCCCUGCGGCCUGCGUACGGCCAUCGAGCUAGCCUUCCUGGGGGCCAAGGUGGUCGUGGUGGAGAAGAGAGACACCUUCUCCAGGAAUAACGUCCUGCACCUCUGGCCCUUCACCAUCCACGACCUACGCGGCCUCGGGGCCAAGAAGUUCUACGGGAAGUUCUGCGCGGGCUCCAUCGAUCACAUCAGUAUCCGGCAGCUGCAGCUCAUCCUGUUCAAAGUGGCGCUGAUGCUGGGAGUGGAGAUAUAUGUGAACGUGGAGUUCGUCCAGGUCCUGGAGCCUCCCAAAGAUGAAGAAAAUGAACAAACAGGCUGGCGGGCAGAAUACCUCCCAGCCGACCACCCUCUGUCGGAGUUUGAAUUCGACGUGAUCGUGGGAGCUGACGGACGCAGGAACACACUGGCUGGUUUCCGAAGGAAAGAAUUCCGCGGGAAGCUGGCUAUCGCAAUCACUGCCAACUUCAUCAACAGAAACACCACAGCCGAAGCCAAGGUGGAGGAAAUCAGCGGUGUGGCUUUCAUCUUUAAUCAGAAAUUCUUUCAGGACUUGAAAGAGGAAACGGGAAUCGACCUGGAAAACAUUGUUUACUACAAAGACAGCACCCACUAUUUCGUGAUGACGGCCAAAAAGCAGAGCCUUCUGGACAAAGGAGUCAUUAUCAAUGACUCCAUCGACACCGAGGCGCUGCUCUGCGGGGACAACGUCAACCAGAACAACCUGCUCGCCUAUGCCAGGGAAGCGGCCGACUUCGCCACCGAUUACCAGCUGCCGUCGUUAGACUUCGCCAUCAAUCACUACGGCCAGCCCGACGUCGCCAUGUUCGACUUCACCUCCAUGUACGCCUCCGAGAACGCCGCGCUGGUCCGCGAGAGGGGCUCCCGUCGGCUCCUCGUGGCCCUGGUGGGCGACAGUUUACUCGAGCCUUUCUGGCCCAUGGGGACGGGCUGUGCACGGGGAUUUUUGGCGGCCUUUGACACGGCCUGGAUGGUGAAGCGUUGGAACCAAGGAAGCCCUCCCCUGGAGGUUCUGGCCGAACGGGAGAGUCUCUACCGCCUGCUUCCUCAGACGACGCCCGAGAACAUCAACAAGAACUUCGACCAGUACACCCUGGACCCGGGGACCCGCUACCCUAACUUGAACUCCACCUGCGUCCGACCCCAUCAGGUGAAACAUCUGUAUGUCACUCAUGAGCUGCACCACUUCCCCCUGGAGAGAGCCAGCUCCGUGAGAAAAUCCAUCAGCCUCACUCGACGGGAAUCUGAAAUCCGUCCCAACACGCUGCUGUCGUGGUGCCAGAAGCAGACGGAGGGAUACUGGCGUGUGGAGGUCACGGACUUGACCACUUCCUGGCAGAGCGGCCUGGCACUGUGUGCCAUCAUUCACCGCUUCAGGCCUAACCUCAUUGACUUCGACUCCCUCCAAGAGGAGGACGUGGCGGGGAACAACCAGCUGGCGUUUGACAUUGCUGAGCGGGAGCUCGGAAUCCCUCCGGUCACCACGGGGGAAGAGAUGGCAUCCGCCCAGGAGCCUGACAAACUCAGCAUGGUCCUGUACCUCUCCAAGCUCUACGAGCUCUUCGAAGGGUUGCCCCUUAGGGCUGUGGAUUCCACAGGUCAAAACAACGCCCUGCUCUCGGACAACUCGACCGUCUUCAAUAGCCACCUGAACCUGAUCCUGCCCAGAAAGCGGACCCCGAGGGUGGAAAGUAAAACCGAAGAAAAUGACAUGAACAAAAGGCGGCGAAAGACCGUAAGCCACUUUCCAGAGCCCUCGAGCUUUUCUAACCGGAGUACGGUCUCCGAGCGAGAAUUUGGCCGUUUGCAAGAGGGAAGGAAUCAAAAUAAAGUCAAGUCGAUGGCCAUCCAACUGCAGGCCAAACUGGAAGAAAACGCCCCGAAUCACUCUCUCAGGAGGCAGGACCAGGCCAAGCCGGGCCCCUGCUUCUCUGCCUCUUCUCCUUUUCUUCCUCCCUUGGCUAAGUUGAAGGACCCGCAUCCUGGGCCUCCUUCGGCCCUGAAGAGGCAGUUGCAGGAGUUCACUAGGUCUGAACGAGCUCCUGGGGCUGCAGCACAGCUUACCCGUGGCAGUGACCCCCCGGCUGGGAGUCCCCAGCCCAUAACCAGGACCACGGGGCAGUCGGAAAACGCAGUCCCACCCCCUGCCGCCUGCCCCGUGGCCUUUAUGCUCUCAGGCAUGUUGCAGCGCCUUCAGCAUGUGGAGGAGAAGAUACAUAAGAAGAGGGUUCAGAACUUAGCAAAUAGGGAAUUCCAGGCCAAGAACAUAAAGGAGAAAGCUGCUCACCUCGCCUCCAUGUUUGGAUCUGAGCAUUUCCCUCAGAAUAAACUUCCCUCCAAGGCCCUGUCCGUCUCUCACCGUCUCUCCUCUCCUUCUUGCCUCUCAUCUGACUGUUCUGCUGCUGCAGUCUUCGCUCCUUCAACCGUUGACUCGUCCUCUCCUGCCCAAAAGCCCUCAGCGUCCACUGCAGAACUCUGCCCUUCUGCAAAGUCUCCGGUCAGGAGAGGGACGUUCCAGCCAGACCCAAGCCAGAUGACAGUAGGGAAUGUGUCCAGUGGCAUUGGGGCGUUGGCUGCCGUGCUGAUGGAUCUGUAUAGGAACGACCACAGACCCAGCCCCACCUCGGGCACUCCAGAACGGGUAACUCUGCGCAAAGAAUUUCCCCAGACCCUAGGCGGCAGUGACAGCUGCCAUUUCUGCAAGAAGCGGGUGUACGUGAUGGAACGGCUGAGCGCCGAGGGCCAUUUCUUCCACCGCGAGUGUUUCAAGUGUACCAUCUGUGCCACCACGCUGCGCCUGGCCAUCUACGGCUUUGACGUGGACGAAGGUAAAUUUUACUGCAAAUCACACUUCACUCGUGGUAAAACAAACACAAACCAAAGGAAGAGGCGAGCGGAGUUGAAGAACUUACAAGAGGAGGCAGUGGUCAAGUGGAAGGCGGAGGAAGCCCAGGCCCCCAAGAGCCCAACAGAGAGCGUUUGCACUACUGACAGCAGUGCCGAGACCCUCCCGCCAGGUACCGUGACUUCCUUCCUUAGGAAAGCUGCGAGCUGGCCCCUCAGCAGGAUGAGGGACCUGCUCAACAUCCCACGACGCCUCUGUAACCGGACGGGCCGGGUUUUGCGUGCUCUCGGCCUGCACUUCUGGGACAACGCGUACGACUAUGGCUACUUGUUUGAACUCCUCAGUUUUGGCUUGCCCUGGCUAUGUGUGCUGCUUGAGGUCCUGGCGGACAUAUACCGGGAGACGGAGUCCUCCCUCGCCGGCCUGCUUGACUGGGGGCAGAGAUUUUUGAGGGUCAAGCUCCACUGAAGUGCCUUUCCCCUACUCAGAUGGUCUCCCCCGUCCCAAAGUGCCUUUCACAUUUCCAGAAUUAGAGAGCUCGCACGCCUUUGACAGGACUGGCAGGGCUUUAUGUUGAAAUGAACAGCGUUCUUUCGACGUCAGGUACACAUACCAAGAAAAAAAAAAACACCCAAAAAGUGCCUUCUUCUCCAUCUUGGAGAACAGCCGAUGGCGAAGAAGGGUGUCCUUAACAUUUUCACAACCCGGCGACAGCAUGAAGGAUAUUUUAUAGCUUUCUCUUUUAUAAAAAAAUUAUUGUAAUGAAGAGCCAUAAUUUUGGGUUUACAUUUCAAGUUUUGAUUUCAACCAAGAAGAUGUCUUUCUUUCUUGAACAGGGCUCAGGGUACUGGCCGGGCUGUGCUGCGUGAACCUUGUAUGGAUGGUGAUUAGAGAGUUAAAAAGAAAGCGAACAGGCCACCUGGAUUGACAGACUUAUUUAUUUCCAAGGGGUGCCCGCGGCAUUUUCUCAACUCCUAAGGUUCAGCCUCAGCAGAGGUCUUUUUAUCUAGAAUUUAUCCAUCCCCUCCGGAAGCCCGGAUUUUCAGCAGGAUCCUAGGAGGUGGCUGGGCUUUAAAGAGCCAACUCUCUCUGUCUCUGCUGUCCCCAGCAGCCUGUCCUUUGAAGACAUUUUUCUCCGGCUAUCGCCGCAAACCCUCUGUCUCCCCCACCCCAAUUGUGAGGUUGUAUUCCAAAGCUGGCAAUCCCCAAAAACGAAGUGAUUAGAAGCCAUUUAGCCAGCCCCAGCCCAUUCCUCGGGCAGCCACAGACUGCAGGGUUGUGGACUUUUUGUUUGUGCUUGUGUUGACACUGAUUCUCGCCACUUCCCCAGAGGAAACCUCUUCCAUGUGCCGUGGUCACUGUAGCUCAGGGUGAAGGGAUGGGGGAGAGAUGUUGUUGGCUGGAAAGAUGCCGGUGGUCUCUGCUCACUUGGCUACCUGGCUAGUGGUCCUUCUGCUAUCCCGCUGUAAUCCCAGCUGUGGUGUCGGGAUCGAAUCAGAGCGGCUUUGCUACAGCCAGGCCCCAGCCACUCCCAUCACCAGGACUCCCUCUUGGGUUCGGACUAGCCAAUCCAGGUCGGUCGCUGGACAGGCUGUUCUUCUUUGGGGUGUUGCUUUUCUGUGGGCUUGAUGGAGCCAUUUGCUCCAUUGGAAAGGAGAAAGGGGGAUCUCCCCUUCCCCCGGAAAGGGUCAGGGAUGGGUGCCCGGGAGCGGCAGGGCCGUUGACAAUUUGAGGUUUCCUCUACUACGCUCCCAUUGUCACUGGGCCCUGUGUUUCUGUUCAAGUGACUCCUUGGAUCCUGGUGUCCCAGGCCUUAAAGCGCGUGUCCCGGUCUUAGCCAAACUGUGUUUUGAGUGGGCGUGAUGUUUAGGCGGAAGUCUGCCUCUCUGCAGAUUUAUGUUGCUAAAGUUUUGUUUUCAGCCAAAAUUUCGUGAGUCAUAUUUUCCCAGGGUGAACGUACCGUCAAGUUGGGGAGCAGCUAGGCAGUGGGAAAUGUUAAUACUCCUGGAAAACUGUCACGUCGGUCCCACGCGUCUCGAGCGGUUACCACACACCAGGAUCAUGGUUCACGGCAGGUCCCCUUUAUUAAACCUUCCAACUGUCUCCACACCCCAAGUGCAUAGUCCCGGAGAACAAAGUUGGCACACAAUUGUACAACUCCCUUAGCAAAGAAAGCCCUCUAUGACUCCCACCUCCAUCCUACCCCGCCCUGCUCAGAAGCAUCAUAAACCUCUCCCCAUCGUUCCCUUACCCUCAUCGUUCAUCUGAUCCCAGAAUGUAUAAAACCUUCCAGGGCUUUGAAGUUCAGAGUGUCCCAGAGUCCCAAGGGAAAAUCUUCAGUCUUCCCCUUCCAGCCAUGCCACUGGAGUUCAUUUUGGAAUGUGGAUGACCAAACUUGUCCGCGGCUCUCUGACGCUACAUCUUGCUGCUGUAAAAUCUUCAGAGAGGCCGUUUCCUUACAUAGCCUGCCCCUUGGUGAACCCCAUCACCAUUUGCCCCCCUUAUUACUAUUCACAGAUCCCACAUCUCCUGAUUAUUAACAAAUUCCACCCGUCUUAUUGCGACUUCGUUAAUGGUUGAUAUUGACUGGCAUUGGUAUGAAGCCCCACGAUCGAUUUUGCUGAAGCGACUGUGCCUCCCCAGGAGCGUUGACUAGCAAAGUAGCCAUUCUGCCUUCAUGCUGAACUUAUUUCCUUAAUUCCAGUAUUGUCCCUAGUACUGCUCACUGGGCAAAAAUUCUGGGAUCAAUAGUCUGAUUCUAAGGGUCUCUCACCCCACCCCAACACUUCCUCCUGACCACUUGGACCCCAGGAGGUGUGCCUGGAUUCAUGAUCGUGAUCGUCACCUUGGCAUGGUCAAAUGGGUUCCAUUGGCCACGUCCAAAUUACGCCCUCCUCCCCCAGCCCACCUCCCCGGACCACCCCCUGGGUCUUGGUCCUUGAGCCAAUAAGCACCCCAAAACAUCAGAGUGUCACAAACGAUUCCCCUCUGUAAUGUAGACAAGCGUUUCCUCCCGUUCUCAACCAUCUCUAGAGCAGCAGAUACUGUCCCAGUUACAUAAACUGCCCUCACAACUUCUAGAAUCUCCGUCCUCAUCCAGAUAAUGUUCUUCCUUUCUCCUGGGACCAGGUGUGGUCUGACAGUGAUAUUUUAAAAACAUCCCUUUUCCUGUUGUUUCACGUCAGAGUUCAGCUUGAAAUGGGAAGAAAGAGUGAUAUCAGUGCAUGGCAAACUGAAUGAACUGAAUACACUGCCUAGUUAUCCUAUCAGAUUUACUCUUACCGGUAAAGAGCGUGACAUUCUUCUCCCUCACUGGAUUGCCUCCUAACUGGUUUUGCUACAAAACAACAUAAUUCAAACUGGUUAGAAAUUCCUGAUUCCCUCAUCCCAAAUCCCAUGAGAAGCAGUGUGCCUAGUGGAAAGAGCACAGGCCUGGGAGACGAAGGAACUGGGUUCUAAUCCCGG